AUGGACGCCGCAUCGCUUGCCGCUCUUGUGUCAAAAAUGCAGGACCAUGUGAAAGAGAUGGCCACUGCGUUGAAGAACGUGGUGAAGGACAAUUUGAGUACGGACAACACCCCGGCUGACGUGGAGCUGAACAGAGCACUGCUUGUGGUCGACAACAUAGCGGGGGACUUGGAGCAACUCGUGUUCCAAGUUGAAGAUGCUUUGAGGGGCGGCGGCGUGGGCAACCAUGUUUGUCAUGACACUAAUGUCGAAGCUGAAGCAUCCUGCUCAAAGGACGUAGAUGACGACGAUGUUAUUCCUGCUGAUUGGAGCCCCGAUGACAUAUUGGACUCUAUGGAGUACGCCCCGUUCCUACGUGGUGACGACAAUGGGAUUCCUUGGGCUGAUGUUGUGCAUCCAACCCAGGAAGACAUCUUCGGGACACAGCCGCAUGUGGCAGAAGAGCAACAACCCGAGGGACCGGGAGAGGUGCCAGCUGUAGGUGGCUGUGGAUGCAGUUACACCAUGCAGGAGGACCUUCAUCUUGUGAAGGCAUGGCUUAACGUGAGUAUGGAUCUCGUGGUGGGGACCAACCAGAGUAUAAGGGCUUUCUGGCAGAGGAUCGAGACCUUUUUCCACGAGCACAAACACUUCCAUUCCACCUACAACAAGAAGUCUCUGCAGGGGAGAUUGCAGCGGCAUGUCAGAUGUUCCAAUCCGUGGAAAAGAAGGAGUUCACGUUGCUAUUGGGUGGAGUUGCGGCAUCAUCCGAAGUGGCAAUCCGAGGCCUCCCUCAAGAAGCAGAAGACGUCCGACGUGGGCAGCCUCGCAUCGACGCAGCACGUCGAGUCUUGUCCCAGGGUCAACGAACCCGACGGUGCAGCUGUAGGGCCUUCCAGUGGCGGCCCAAGGCCAAAAUGGCCACCAGGCCGCAACCACUCCAAGGAGGUAGCUCGCGGUUCUUCCUCCUCAAACUUAGCAUUUGGGCCAAUGAUUGAGAUUUUUGAUCGCCAGAUAGCCAUGAAGGAGAAGGUUGAGAAGGAGAGGGCUGAGAGAUUUGCUGAGAUGAUGAGAAUAGAGCAGCAGAGGCUGAGACUUGAGGAGGAGCGUGUACAAUUGGAAAAGGUCAAGGAAGAGAGGGAAAAGGUAAAGGAGGAGAGGGAGAUAAUGAACAUGGACCUUUCGCAGAUGGAUGAGGACCAGCAGGCCUACUACAAGAUCCUCCGGCAAAGCAUUAUCGCAGCUUGCCGUGCUACAUCUGGCCCAUCCAACUAA